GAUUCAAACACCCAUUCUAUACAUUCGAUAUUCAGUAUUAAUUUACAUCUAAAGAUAGACUUCCAGAAUCCUUUCGUCGAAUUUGAUCACCAUCUCCUCGUUGGUGUUGGCAUGGUUUAAAGCAGAAAUGCUAAUUGCUAGAUAUCAGGAACAAAUACGAAUAGAAUUGGGAAAUAUAUGCCAAAUAUUUGUUUUGGCUGUGACUUUCUGACAGAGAGAGAAAUUUAGAUUUGCAUUUUUGUCAUACUUGAACAACUCCGUGGCGUAAACAGAUAUAUCAGUUCCUCGAAGCGCGUAUUCCGGUGAACGUAUACCUGUGUCGUAUCAGUAGGUUGCGAACUCCUCAAGCAUGCUACUGUGCAGAACAGAAAUCUUGAGUGGUAAUUAUCUGACGAAUUCGUUUUUAUGUGAAGUGACCGAUAACAACGCACUGUGUCUUCAAAAAGAGAUAGUUUGAAGGUUCUAUUAGUGGCAGACUGCAAUAGUAUCGCUCUUCAAAGGCAAAAAACGUGGAUAAACUAUCAGAAUACAACAGCUGUAUCCUUCAGGUAUAGCAAGGUGAGACUGUUCUUAAAGCUCACACCGGUUUGAUCUCCAUAACUAUUAUGGGAUACGAUUAUGACAAAUCGUCAGGACGAUAUUUAAGUAAACAGGAAACUCCUCUUUAGGUACUCGGGAAAGUAAUCACUGGCUUGUCGUAAGAGUAUAAGCCUUGUAUUAUGAUUAUAAAUCAACUAAGUGAAGGAAGUCAAACUAUAUAAUCUACUCGGGAACAAUAUCGCACAGAAGGAACGAAAAUGGAAGUUACAACACAGGGAAGUGGAUACAAUAUCACAGAUGCGACGAAUGGAACAGACACAUUCUUCUUCUACAAGACCCAACAAGUGGCGUUCCUCUGUGUGCUCUUUGUCCUGACUGUGACCGCUAACUGUAUCGUCCUCGCUCUCAUUUACCUCUCCCGGAAGUUGAAGUCACGUAUGAAUAUGUUCAUCGCCAAUCUCGCAUGCGCAGAUCUAUUGGUGGCCUUUUUCUUUGUGCUGACUGAUAUCAUUUGGAAAUCGACUGUCCAGUGGUACGCUGGUAAUAUUGGAUGUAAGCUUAUCAAGUUUAUCCAGGCAGUCGGUACUUACGGCUCGACAUACGCGCUGGUCGCCCUCAGUAUUGACCGACUGGACGCUAUAGCGAGACCUAUGAGCAUGAGAGGCAAAACCAGGCGGUGCCGCAUACUGAUCGGUUUGAAUUGGUCUUGUGCCGUCAUUUUCUCCAUCCCAAUGCUUUUGUCUUACAACCUUCAACUCGUGGAUGGACACAUGCCUCAGUGUUGGAUGGAACUCCCGAAGCCAUGGAUGUGGAAGGUAUAUAUUACGCUGAUAGCAAUCCUCCUGCUCAUUAUUCCGGCUGUUAUUAUCGCUUUCUGCUACAUCUUCAUCGUCAUCGUCAUUUGGCGGAAGUCAAGUCUCUCUCUCAAUGCCGCAAAUAGUGGCGAGCAAACGCGCAUUGUGACAAAAGAUGCCACGUCCGACUCCCCUUCUGACCAGAGAAAGCGGGUUCAUUGGACUGAGUGCAACGUCAGCUCCCGUGGUCUUAUCCCGAAAGCAAAAAUCAAAACCAUCAAGAUGACCUUCGUUAUAGUGUUAGCGUUCGUGUUUUGCUGGAGUCCGUAUUUUGUAUACGACCUGUUGGAUGUAUACGGUCACAUACCAAGGACAAAUGAGAUGAUAGCGGUCAGCACGUUUAUACAGAGUCUCGCUCCUCUCAACAGUGCAGCCAAUCCAAUAAUAUAUAUGCUGUUCAACAGCAAGAUGUACAAAAAGUUCUUUAAAAGUAAAAAACAUAACAGUUCGCCUAGCACAAGUGCCACAAGAUCGCAUGUAUAAAAUUAUAAAUGUAACCAGGAGCUUAAUUUAGUAUUGCCGUAAACAAUGUUUCGCCAUUUCCUAUAUAUUUGUUAAGUUUUUUAUUCAAACCAUUAUUAAUUUGCGUGUAUUGGACCAUUCUGCAUAAAACAAUAUUGUAUAUCAUAUUUUGUAGAAAAUUGACGACAUAUGGUAAACGGCAAUGAUUUGAAUAGUAUCAUGGAUGCUUGUUUUGUAGAAGUAUGUGAUAUCAUUAAAAUUAUAGCGAAUA